AUGCCCCCCAAAAAAAUGCUUGUAGAGACAUCGCUAAUAACAGCCGUAGAAGUCAAUCACUUCAUGAAAGCCCUUGAAAGGGAUAUCAGCACUUUUGCCUCCAAGGUGGACCAAGUCCGGUGGCCAUCUUGGUGGCAGGAACCAUAUUCGAGUUCGGGUUCCGGCUGGAUAACCCUGGCAAGCGGCGAUCCUUCUCUACUUUCAUUGAAGCCGAUCUACUUCAUUGCCGAGAAUGUUCUUCGGCGAGACGAUGAUAGGUUGGAAGAUCACAAUAACGCGGAUGCAAAGGAUUGCCAAAUUUCUCUGUGCCGGAAUGAGCGAUUGCUGAACUUAUUUUUCUCCAUUGUUCUGCAUCUCAUCUGCAACAACAUCACAGGAAUCCAUGCAAUUCCCUCAUUCCUCCAAUGGGUGAAUGAAAUGGAUGUACUGGAUCAACUUGCGGUGUAUUUGAAGAUGAAUCUCAAAGAUGCUGGAGCUCUUUUGGAGGCAGCUGUACGUCGGCUCAGACUAGGUCUAUAUGAAGACAGUCGCCUUCCGGCUCCUCGUUCCAACAAACACUCGUGGGGGGAGCAACUAGUUGACUUCUUCGAUAAACAAGGGCUGGGAGUUCCCCCCGAACUGUCUUCACUUCUUCUUCACGCCAUGGCAAGAAAUUCGACCGCAUCAGCUGCAAGGGCUUUACUUUCUCAUGGAGCCGAUAUCAACUUUACCGCACCCAUCGGAUUUGAACACGGCACUAGACCCUUUCGACGCCCCUUUGCCCCAAUCGGGCCCCCGCUAUUUCAAGCCAUAUAUUUCGAGAACCCUGACAUGGCGGAGUUUCUCAUCGAGGAAGGAGCUGAAAUCAAUGACUGUUACCAGGCGGAUUCUCCCGAGUUGUCCUGCAACGCUCUUAGUAUCUGCAUCUCCGAACAUGAACCAUACGUUGCAGAUCUUCUCGUUAGGAAGGGAGCUCAGAUACCUCCAUCGAUCAAAGUCGAUUUGCGGCCCCUCCAAUUCGAGUUGAGGAGCGUAUUCAAUGAUGGAAAGUAUCAGCUUCUUCGGCAAUGGGUCCGUCAUCGCCUGCCACUCAUUGAUCUGAUCGUUCAAGCUGCGAGCAUCGGUAACAGCGAGCUCUCCAAAGUCCUUCUACAACACAACAUACUUCAGGAGAUGGCUUUGGAAUGCGCCUUGCGUCGAGCCAUCAAAGCGCGAGACACUCUCGCUGUGCAAACGCUACUCCAACGUGGCGUGAAUCCUAAUCCGCCUCCAUGUCAGAUCGAAUGCUCGAGAUUGCUUGGCAUUGACGACGACAUAGUGAGAGUGGCACCAAUAUGUCUGACCGACAAUACUAGUCAAGAAAGUAUGGACAUCAUGUUGUUACUAUUGCGGGCUGGUUCUGAUAUGCCCCAUCACACUCUCAUCGACAUGUUGCGAUCCGACACUGUUGUACCAAAAAAGCGAGACAUUGAUAUACCACUGCUAUACUCCCUUUUGGGGUCGAGUGUGUUGGAAACGCCAAUCAUUGGAGCUUCUGCCUUAGUAACCGGAGUCAUCAGAGGCAGCUUGAUGUCGUGCAGUUACCUCCUUGAUCACAAAGCUCCCCUUAACUACCAUGGAGCCCGUAGAAUGAGCUGCUUACAACGGGCGGCACGUCAAAGAAGCUUACUCCUUACACGUUUCUUCCUCGAACGUGGCGCUGAUGUUAACUUUGCUGCCCAUGAGGAUGGAGGACGUACGGCACUGCAGAGCGCUGUCGAAUGGGGUGCAACCUCAGUUGCACAGCGCACAUACCCAUUCAAAUCAAUCAAACAAAUAAGUCAAACAAACAGUCAAAUAUAG